AUGUCUUCCUGGCUUACAGCUAUUCAAACCUUGUGGCAAAGCCUCCCACCGAAUGCCACCAAAUAUUUUAUUCAUGCCUUUUCUUGCGCUCUCAGUUUUGUUAUUUUCAAUCUUUUUGUCGAUUUGAAUGAUGACGGUGAUUUGAAAACUCAGCGUGAGAGGAUUCUGUCGAAGCUCUGGGACCUGCACACCGGGGCAAGCGAGUCGAAUUCGCCCGAGCUAGAGGAGUCGGAGUCGCUCAAACUCCAGAUUGUCCCUUGGGACCUCACUGGGCGUACGAAUGUCGACGUCUCUCCCGCGCUGAAUCCAGCCUCGUACUUCAAGCCGCUAUCGCAUGAGUACAUCCAGGAGCACCCUGUGGAUCUCUCCAUCCCGGAAAACUGCGAGAUGAUGGAAACCACGGCACGUCUCCUCCGGCCUGAUUACAGUUGCAGCACAAGCAGGUAUGAGCCGAUACCGUCCUACGGAAAAGCCCAGAUCCUCUCUCAUCGCCUGACGGGAGAGAUGGAGGCUCCGAGAAUGAAUUUCCCACUUCACCUGUCCAAGCUGAAGAUGGGCACCAAAUGGCGCUGGGAUACUGACUUCCGCCUUGGACCGGCCUUUGAUCGCGAGGCCUCCGGGCGUGCAGAUGGAUACAACUCGGGAAUAGACACAUUCUGGGCUUGCGCCAACAGCCCAACCUUCCCUCACAUCAAAGUGGUCACAUACCAUGAUGAUGUCGAGCACCCAGAGAGACUCUUGAAGGCAGAGCUGAUGGUCCUCGCCGCCACGAUGCACUCGCGGCUGGGCAUGGAGACCCUGACAGACCAUGCCAUUGUGCCUACCAUGCUCUUCUCGUUCAUCGGGACCAGCGUGAGGAUCCUGAUCGCCAUCCACGACGGAAGCUGUCUGCGCAUCUCGGAAUCAGACCUGAUGCCAUACUCGGAGGAAUCCGACGAGCUCUGGAUUCUCCUCGUACGCUACCUUGCCGGAGGCAUCAAUGGGGAGCUGAGCACUCACAAGCUACCUUCGAUGAACGCAGCAGAGAAGUGA